AUGAUCGAAAGCCUCGUCCCAGGUGGCCUCGAAGCAUUCCAAGCUAUGGGUAGGCAGCGAAAAGCAGGUUGGCGUGGACGAGUUAUCCAAGAAAUCAAGAAAGACGCGUUUGCCAACGAAAAGAUGGCCAUUGUCAGCGCACACUUCAUGUUUUGGCCCGAAGAGCAGGCUACCGGCCAUCCAGUGUACGUACUGAGCGACCUUGAUGUCUUCACUCAUAUCAUCUACCUGAACACGCCUGCGGAAUGCAUCCUUCAGCGCCGCUCAGUCGACAAGCUGAAGUACCAACCUGCGGUAGCUGUCGAACAUUUGCGCAAGUGGCAGGAGGAUGAACUCAAUAGGCCGCGCCUUGUCUGUUCCCAGUCUGACAUCUUACUUCACGUUCUGACGGAUCCGGAAUCCAUGUGUGAAAAGGCCACACUCGUAAUCGAAUACUUGUGCUUCAUCACACCUGGGCGUGUCAACGACCAGGCGGUCAUUGAAGAAUUGAACAACAUGUGCCAUUAUUCUGGAGGUGAACAGUUAGAAACUGCUUUGGUUCUGGAUGCCGACAAGACCUUGACGUCGGUAGACACGGACUUUUUAUUCUGGGAGGCCGUUCAUCAGAUCCGGCCACCAAGCACGAGAACUUCUCCGGUGAAGGGCAUCUUUGCUGGCCGUCUGGAUUACUCGCCAAAUGCAUUUCAUCGGGCAACCCUGCUGUACGAGGGGGCUGCAGAUGACGACGAGUACGAUUCCCUGUGCGAAACCGUAGCCUCGUCUGUCACGAUCUACUCAGAGGCCCUCACACUGCUGCGGGUAGCUGCGGCGCGCCCUCACAUUUUGGUGGUGGUUGUGACUCAUCGGCUGGCCCGUGUCUGGGAAAAGGUCUUGAGAAGACAUGAUCUCUCUGGCAGGGUGAGGGUUCUUGGUGGAGGGAGAAUCUCUGACGGAAAUCGCAAUUACCUCCGGAAGGAUUGGAAUCUACAUGCCUGGGCUUUUGGAGAAGGCGCUUUGGACUUCCUGAUGCUCAAAGCAGCAAACGAAGCCAAAAUCGUGGUUGGACAUGAGCGGGAUGGAACCUCCAGCGCGGGUUUCAUCUCAGCCAUGGAAACCAUUGCCUCUUGCUGGUUUAACAAGGCCACACUACCGGUGGCACGCCUGGGCGACCCAGACUUUGUCAAUUCAGUAUUGCGUCAUCGGUUCGAGAUGGUCCAUGCCACCGAAAAAGGGGCGGCGAAGUUGCUACUGUCCUCGAUGCGAGCUGCAUCCGCUGCCGGCCCCGUGCUGAGGGCAGUGCACAAGUCUAUCGGGGCGUAUCUGGCUCUUGAGUUUGUGUCUGAGUUGAUUGGCCUCGAGGAUCACCCCAUCACAGACGUACAGGAACACCAGCUGGGACACUGCCGGCUACGGGAUGAACAACGGACUUCGAUCGUGGCUAUCACACGUAAAGGCGAGCCCAUCGCCUGUGGUCUCAGCGAAGUAUUUCCAUCUAUCAUGUUCAUCCUUGUUGCAUCGAUGGCUAGAAUCAAUCAUGACGAUUUGCAGCAUCAAAGAACGGUCAUCUUGGUUGACUCGGCCAUCAACGACGGGCAGACGAUGAUGGAGUUUAUUGAGCAGAUCCGCAAAUUUCAUCCACAAAUACGCAUUGUGGUUGUGGCAGGAAUUGUUCAUCCCAAGGUGACCGAGAGAACCCACCAUCUGAAUAAGAUGAUGCGGCGUUCCGGUGCCAGUCUGGUCGCGCUCAGAGUAUCGGAGGAGGACUUUACCGGGACAGGGUCAACCGAGACCGACAACCGACUUCUCACCGCGAGGCCUGAGAUGGACCUUUCUUGA